AUGCAGGAGGACAAGGCCAAUAUCCCUGGCGUGCCCAGCUACUCGCCCAAGAAGAUGCGCGAUUGGGCUCUCAUCGUCGCCUCCGUCAUGUCAUUCCUAGCCGGCCUCUCCAUCGUCUUGCGAUAUCUCAGCCGUCGCAUCAGAAAACAGCCGCUGUGGUGGGACGACUACAUGAUUGCCUUUUCCAUGCUUUGGAACUGGGUCGUCGUCGCCGUCGCUCUCGUCAUGUACGCCUGGGGCGUUGGAUACCACGCCGAGACAAUUGGUCCCGUCGCCGUCGCCAAUAUAUCCCGACUUCUCCCGGUCUCCGAGGUCAUCUACAUCUGGCACAUGUGCUGGACGAAGCUGAGCGUCCUGCUCAUGUACUACCGCGUUUUCCGUCUCCCAACUUUCAAGAAAUUCGUCAUUGCCGUGGGCAGCUUUGUCGUCGCCUGGGCCAUCGCCGGCACCUUUCUGUUUACCUUUAUCUGCGUUCCCACCCAGAAACUCUGGCAUCCUGAAUUGCCGGGCCACUGCGUCAGCGAGAUGGGCGUUUGGGUCGCCAACGCAAGCUCAACUAUUUUCUCUGAUAUCGCCAUUCUCGUGCUCCCCAUACCCCAGAUCUGGAAACUAAAAACGAAAACUUCUGAAAAGAUUGGCCUCACCUUUGUCUUUGGCCUGGGCUUCUUCACCGUCUUCACAUCCUCCUACCGCGUCUGGGUCCUCUUCAACUACUCCAAAUCAGACGUCAGCUACACCCUCUUCCCGCUGCUCGUCUGGACCGACAUCGAAAUGUGCGCCGCCGUCAUCUCCGCCAACCUGCCCACUCUACGACCCUUUCUCCGAGCCGCCGCCGGCAAGCUGGGCAUCACUCGACUCAGCGAUCGACAACGUCCCUCCACCACCGACCCUUCCUCUUCAGCCGGUGGCAAGAACACCACUGGCUCUGGCAGCACGAAUCAGAAUGUGCUCGCAAUGCCCAGGAGGGCCGAGCCACCGCAUAUCCAGACCUCAAACAGAACGUUCUAUAGAUUGUCGGAACCGGACCUCGGCGACAUGGACACAGACGGCAUUCUCGUCGAGAGGAUAGAGCACACGUUAGAUCGGCGGUGUCGUUCCAAGGAGAGUUGGUAUACCCCGACGACGCCCGACGGUGACACGGAUGGGGAGGAUGCGCUGCGGCCAGAGGUGGUGGAACUGCAGCCCGUGUACAACAUGAGUAGCUGGAAGUAA